GCUUUACGUGAGCCCCCCCGCACUCGCUGUGGGAGUGGUAGUGCCCACUCCUCCGGAGCGGAAGUGCCUGACGGACGGAGUUGUCGUUCUGUUGCCUCGCGCGUCGCUCGAGUGUUGCCGCUGUGCCGUAACUGCCGCGGUCGUCGCCUCAGCCCGUGAGGAAAGUUGGGCUUUGGCGCCUUCUCGGAUGCGGCGGAAGCAGAAGCGGCUGCUGCAGGCGGUGGGGCUGGCGCUGGCCGCCCUCGUCUUUCUCCCUAACGUGGGGCUCUGGUCCCUUUACCGGGAGCGACAGCUGGACAGCGGCGGUAGCGAUGGAAGAGGAGCGGUUGGCGGCGGCGCGGGAGGAGCCCUCGGGGUGGCGGCAGCAGCUGUGGCGGCACCGCUGUCGGGAGCAGCAGCAGCCCGAGGAGAGGCGCAGGGUUUCCAUACAAGACAGAAGAAAGAAGCUUAUCUUGAGAACAGACAGAGGAAGAAGGACUGGCAUGACAGAGAUGCUAUAAGAAGAGACUUGCAACGAACAGGUAAUGGAGAACAGGGAAAACCAUACCCUAUGACUGAUGCUGAACGAGUGGACCAGGCAUACAGGGAAAAUGGCUUUAAUAUUUUUGUGAGUGACAAAAUUUCUCUCAAUCGCUCCCUUCCAGAUAUACGGCACCCAAACUGCAAUAGCAAGCUAUACCUGGAGAAACUCCCAAACACCAGUGUAAUAAUCCCAUUUCACAAUGAAGGAUGGUCAUCACUUCUCAGAACAGUGCACAGCGUUCUCAGUCGCUCUCCUCCUGAACUCAUAGCUGAAAUUGUGCUGGUGGAUGAUUUCAGUGAUAGAGAACACUUAAAAAAGCUAUUGGAGGACUAUAUGGCCCAGUUUCCCAAGGUGAGGAUUUUCCGAACCAAGAAGAGAGAAGGGUUGAUAAGAACCCGUAUGCUGGGAGCUUCUGCUGCAAUAGGAGAUGUUAUUACAUUUUUGGACUCUCACUGUGAAGCCAAUGUAAACUGGUUGCCACCCCUUUUAGACCGCAUUGCUCGGAACCGCAAGACUAUAGUUUGUCCAAUGAUUGACGUUAUAGACCAUGACCACUUUGGCUAUGAAACGCAAGCUGGAGAUGCAAUGCGAGGAGCAUUUGACUGGGAGAUGUAUUACAAGCGGAUACCAAUUCCUCCUGAAUUACAGAAACCUGACCCCAGUGACCCUUUUGAAUCUCCUGUAAUGGCUGGAGGACUGUUUGCAGUUGAUAGAAAGUGGUUCUGGGAGCUGGGAGGAUAUGAUGCAGGCCUGGAGAUAUGGGGUGGAGAACAGUAUGAAAUAUCAUUUAAGGUAUGGAUGUGUGGGGGUCGCAUGGAAGAUAUUCCUUGUUCCCGUGUUGGCCAUAUCUAUAGGAAAUAUGUUCCUUAUAAGGUUCCAACAGGAGUCAGCUUGGCAAGGAACUUGAAGCGUGUAGCUGAAGUGUGGAUGGAUGAAUAUGCAGAGUACAUUUAUCAGAGGAGACCUGAAUAUCGACAUCUAUCUGCAGGAGAUGUGACUGCUCAGAAGGAACUUCGCAGUAAUCUCAACUGCAAAAACUUCAAGUGGUUCAUGAAUGAAGUGGCUUGGGACUUACAAAAGUUCUAUCCACCAGUGGAGCCUCCAGCAGCUGCCUGGGGAGAGAUCCGUAAUAUAGGGACUGGCCUCUGUGCAGAUACCAAACAUGGAGCCCUGGGUUCCCUUCUAAGAGUUGAAGCCUGUGUGAAAGGCAGAGGAGAAGCUGCCUGGAACAAUGUGCAGGUGUUCACAUUUAGCUGGCGAGAGGAUAUCCGUCCAGGAGACCCCCAGCACACAAAGAAAUUCUGUUUUGAUGCUAUUUCCCACAACAGCCCAGUGACCCUCUAUGACUGUCAUGGAAUGAAGGGGAAUCAGCUGUGGAAAUACAGGAAAGACAAGACUCUUUACCACCCAGUAAGUGGCAGCUGCAUGGACUGUAGUGAGAGUGACCAAAAAAUCUUCAUGAACACAUGCAACCCUUCCUCUCCAACACAGCAAUGGAUAUUUGAACACACAAACUCAACAGUCCUGGAAAACUUUAACAAGAAUCUUGAUCUUUAAAAACUGUCUAUGUGUAUAUAUUACAGCUAUAGUUUUUACAGGGGAGAUGACAAUUUUUUUAAGAAUACUUUUUUAAAAAAUUAAAAGGGAGAAUCUCAGGAGAGGGUGUGAGGCCAGUCUUUAAUUUGAUGAUGCUGCAUCUUUAUCUUUUGGGUAACUGAAUCCCACUAACUUCUAGAAAUCUGCAGUGCUGUAAUCACACCACAGAUUCAAACCUGGUUCUCUAAGGCAGGAUAGUGUACUUUCAUAAUCUUAUGGUUUUUCAGCUACUGUAACAUUCAAGGUCAAUAUAUUUUCAUAGGGGUAAUGCACAACUUCCAUGAAUUGUGCACCACAUGGUCUCAAAGCUAAGCCCAUGGAUCCAUACAGGAGUCAAGGGUAAGUGUUAUAACUGCACAUCUUCAGUCCAGAUGGUUUAAAGGCAAUGUUGGCAUUGGCUCUUCACACUGCCCCUUAAUUUUGGUGGUAUGAAAUCUGCCUUUGUGUGGCAGGCAGCAGGAGGAAAUGAUGUGUGGGUGCUGCUGGAUUUUCUAUUACUGAUUGUUGCAGGAUGGAUCCUUUUUCAAAACAGCUUGAGUUUAAGCUGUGAAGCCACUCUGUGGCUGUGAAGGAGAGAGGGGGGUGGAGAACAAGAAGCACCUGUCAAAGCGGUCUGCAGGAGUGAUAGAACUGAGUGUUAAAUCAACUGGGUCAUGUAUAAUUUACAUGUGUGCAUAAUUAAAUUUAGUCCACUGGCAUGCAAGGGUUUGACUGAAAAGAUCAAUUUAUACAAAAACAAGGGCUAAAAUCCUAAAAUGAAAUUUAAUUCCCCAGUAACAUGGGUGAGACCUACUUGCAAAUAAGCAUGUUUAAGAUUGCAGUGAAACUGUUUAGUGGUCUGCCUGUUUUUUUCAUCAAUGUAGUUCUGUUUCACUUAGAACCAAUUUAGGAGAUGACAUCCAGCCACAUCUAGGGCUACAGGCACAACAAUAUUUUGCAACAAAACUAUCCCUGCAGCAUUCUGCAAAUAUUUAAAAGUACCUAAGAGUCUAUACAAUGCAGCAUCCUUCAGAGUUUAGGCUUCCUCAUAUCCUAUUCCAAAUUACUUUAAAAAUUGUAUUUAAAAUCUUGAUUGAAAAUAAUUGGAGUGUGAUGUCUUUCAGUUUUUCAGAUUUACAGGUUUGAAUUCAAUUUACAACUUCCCCCAUUCUGUGUUGGCUGCAUUUUUAUCAGCAUUACCAUUGUCCGGUAUUUUUUGUUAGUGAGCUGGGAAACAGAUCAUCAGCAGAAACCAAGUUGAUACCUUUUCCCCAGUUCAAUAUUCUUUGUUUGGGGGAUGCCGUCUUAAACUAUUAAUUUUAUUGAGAUGCUUGUUUUUGCAUUUUUAGGCUCAGAACAGCUUUUAAAUCUCACUAGUGGUAAACAGCCUCCUGUGGGGGUUUUAGGUGGAUUAUUUUUUAAUAAUUUCCCAUGCAUUAAGAUGAGCUGAUUAAUCAUUCAGUACUUUUCCCCCUCCUAUAACAGGUACGAGUUUACCUCUUCCAGUUCUACCUCACUAGUCUUCCACUGAUUAUCAAUAUAAUUUCUCAUUGUGCACUGAAAAGCUCAGUACAAGCUCAGAUUUAUUUGUUCUGUUUAGUAAAGAAAAACCCUCCAUGCACAUGCUAGGAUUUUCCAUUUUACACCAGCAUGAAAGAAAAGAGCUGUUUCUGGGUGUGAAAGCUUCCUUGUGCGUAUAUAUACUGCUGAUCAUAGCCUCUCUCCUUUAUUUCCUCCAACACUCUAAAUAUAUUUUUAGCAAGUCCAAUCCUAUCUUAGGUUAAUUUUUUCUGCUCCUUGUUUUGGAGACAUAUUUAUAACCCAGUAUGUUCCAGUCAUAGUUGUUUAACAAAAGUAAAAUAUGCUUUGAAAAAAUUAGCAAGCUAGAAUGUCUUCAUUUCAUAAUGAGUCUAGGAACUAGUGCUGUUUGCAGCGGGCUACUGACCAGAUGGCAAAGUAACGGGAACUUAAAUAUCAAAUAGUUAGUUUCAUAUUUCAUAUUCCCCAUUUUAGCUAUGGAAUCAUAGACCUUCUAGUUACUUACCAUAAUCUCUUAUUGUUUCUAAGAGCUGAUUCCAGCAGUGUUUUAUUCCAUAGAAGAGUACCUGCAAACACAAUCACAAAGAAAAAUGCAAGCAACGUGAAUCUUGCAGGAAAUUUCCAUGAGCAGGAAUCUUGUCUUCUGCAAAACCCAGGAUCACAGUAGAUUGCAAAUUGUCUAUUGUAAGAUCCUGGAUUUCUUGCAAAAUCUAGGAUCACAGUAGGUCAGGUGUAGGAAACGUUUGGCCCUCCAGAUGUUGCUGAAUUAUAGAUCCCAUCAUCCCUGGCCAUUGGCAAUGCUUGCUGGGGCUGAUGGGAGUUGUAGUUCAUCAGCUACUGGAGUGCCAAAGGUUCUCCACACCUCCAAUAGGUGGAUUGUUAAAUGUGGCGCUUACAUUUUUUUCUGGUGGCAAGUCAUGUUUGCCUUCAUAGUUUCUUUCCUAAUUUUUUUAGAAUAGCUCUGUAAGACCAUACUUCAAAAUAUGUGUGGAUCAGUGGAACAGGGUCAGAACACAUUGCAUUGUACUACCCCACCUUUGUCAAACUAGACUUGCAAAUUGUAACUGUCUACCGCAUUUCUGCAUGCACUCUACUGUAAUGCCUCUUUCCUUUUGCUACUGAGUAACAAACCAAGCUAUUUUCAUCAUAUUUAAUAUUUCUGUUGGAAGGUUUUAUAGUUAUUUAAAGAAAGAAACAAGUUCCAUUGGAAGAGUUGGGAAACUUUUAUAUGUUAUCUCCUAAGUACCAUAAGAAUAAUGUCUAUAUUUGUGGUGUGGUCUAGGUUUGUUCAUUUGAGGCUUAUUAAGUUAUUAAAGAGAUUUUGCCAAACCACUUUCUAGAUUUAAUUGCCAGUUUCUCCAGCAAGUUUUCCUACUACAAAUUGUGACUUCUGUGAAUAAUCUACACUAAAAUUAAGUCAUCACAUUAUGAUAAUAUGUUGAUUGCAGCAAGCAUGUCAAACAUUUGGAGCCAAGAAUCUCUUUAGUGGUGCAACUCUUGCAUGACACCAGAUGUAACAGAAAUAGUAAAUACCUGACCAAGUGCCAUUUUAGCUUACCAUUUCUUUUCCUAGUUACAGGUGAUUAACAUUACCAAGCAUUCACAUAAUGCUUGAGUAUUCACACAAUAGUAAUCUUUACAACUGUCCUGCAAGGUAGGCCAGUAUUAGUGCCAUGCUAAGAUUUAGAUGAAAGAUGAUGGCUUGCCAAAGUCUAUGUAACAAGUUGAUGACUAAGGUUAUACUUUAAGGAGUUUCUAUCUUGCAGACUUACUACAGUAUACUGGUUCUAGCCUAUAAUGUGGCAAUAUUGUCACUAAUCCCCUGGAACCAAAUGCAGAAGCCAGAUGUUAAAAUAUUCUUAAGGGCUUCCUCUCUGAAGCCAUAUAAAUAUUGGUCAGUUCACAAAUAUUUCAAACAUAUUUAACUCUGGCUGAGUGGCAAUCUCUGCACAUUAGUGAAGCAUUCAAUGCCCUUGAAGCCCCAGGCAGUGAGUUGAAAUAAUUAUUAGCAGGCCACCUGCUGGUUGAGAAACAAAAGUGCAUUUCUCUACUUUUAUCUGUAAUUAACCUUUGUUCUGCUUUAUUUAUAGUCAUAAUAUCUAAAGCAUGAGUUUGUAAACAAGCCAGAUAUGCAUGUAUGUUUGUGUUACCUCUGAAAAGGCUGUCAACCAAGCUGAAAAUAUUUUGCCUUCAAUUUUUUUUAGGACACGUAGCUGAGAUUCUUAGCCACACCUUAGUUACUUGACCUCAAUUAUGGUUUUCUUGUGCUAAAAAGCUGUUCAGUUGUAGUGAUACAGGGACUUUGGAGGACAGUAGUGUGCAUAAUGUUACCAUGCACAUUUGCUGUCAGUGUUCUGUUCCAAUAUGGCCUAAUUUAUACUUUUGAUCUUCAGCAUGAUUACUGCUUGAAAAGAAGUUCCACAGGACAAGCAGUUUCUGUGAAGUGGCUCCCUACAUAGUUGCAGUGAUUUGAGCAUAGCAUCACAACUCAUAAUUUUGAAUUGAUUGCAGCGUAUGGAUUGAAAUAUGUCUAUUGCUAGCAGUGAUAUUAUCUGAAUCCUUGGAAGCCAUCUAAAUAUCUUGGGUGCAGGAAUAUUCCCAUCUGCUUUAGAAAUUUUUGCACACAAACACAUCCUGUUGUGGUUAUAAUGGUGGAUAAUUAGUAAAAUAAAAUUUAACAGCAUCAUUAAAAUAAAGCAGUGCCUUUGAAAGAGCAAAUGUACAGCAAAUGCCUAAACUUGAACAAUUUCCUAGUGCCUUGCUGGACAAUGGAGUGCAAUGUGGUUUGUACAAGAGUUCAGUACAGUGUGCACUUAGUAAUAAAUUAGGGGAAUCUCUGUUUAAAUAUCCAGUUUAAAUAUUCAACUAUCCAAUUGUAGGAUGGAAAUAUGGUGGUCUUGAUUUAGGAAACGGGGAAAUUUCUGGGUUCCUAUGAUUAAUUUUAUUACUUAAAACAAAAAUUGGUGAAAGGAAAUAAGCAAGUAUCCCUAUACAACCAUAAUUGUUAAUUCUGACAGAGCUUCCUUAGUAGCUAGUUAUCUCAAAUGUUUACACGCAAACAUACAGUGUUCAUCAUACAGUGUCCUUUCCUGAUAGUCUCAAAGACAUAUCAAAAUAGCUAACAGGGUAGCUUCCAUAAAAUAUAUGAGUCAUUCAUUAGAAAUAUUUGUCAGUAUCUAGUCAGUUUCAUAACAGAGAAGCAGUAAGAAAGUUGUUUCUACCCUUACCUGUGCUUGAAAACCUUUUUCACAGUGGUAUCUGUUUAAUUCAACUGAGCAAACAGCUAGAAGCUUUGAACUUGAAAGCCUCUAUACAGCAUAUACCCAGAAAUGUUAAAAGGUAACUGUUAGUAUCAGCACAAUGUGUGAAUAGUGUUCCUGUAGACCAUAGUUGUGAUGUGACAAAUGUGGUUUUAGCAUUACAAGCAUCAGUAGGCCAUAUAAAAAUACAUCUUUUUAACAUCAAAACAGUACCCUAAUAUGACUGAAGCUUUUCCUUUUACUUUUACUUCAGUUCUUGUAAUGAAGCUGUGAUGUAAAAAAUAUUCACAGUUGAAAAGAGCAGAUAGGUUACAGAAGCUUGCUAUAUGACUUAGACUGUUCUUCAACUUUGGGUCCCCAGAUGUUCUUGGAUUACAACUCCCAUCAUCCCACCAAUUUGGCCACUGGUCAAGAGAUCAUGGGAGUUGUAGUCCAACAACAUCUGCGGACUCGAAGAAAACUGUUAUAGAACUAGUCACUGAAUACUAAGAUUGAUAUAAGCACUACUGGUUUAAGGCAGUGUAAACUAGUGUAAGCAGUCUGAUUAGCCCCUUAAAAUAGUGUAUUAUCAAAGCUGGCUGAAUUCCCAUUAGUUUAAACAGGACUUGCUCCUUGGCAUGUACAGAAUUGCAGCAUUAGUUGCUCAAAACACCCUAUCUGAUAUGAAGAAGAGUUCUAGGAGGUUUCCUAACAUGCUAUAAAUAUUGAGGCAUUUCCCACCAAUUUUAUUUCCUUGGGAUGUGUUAAAAAGACACCACCAUCACAAAGGUGUCUUCUCAACUUUCAGAAUUUGCAUCUGUUUUGUGGGUAAUCAGGGUCCAAAAUUAGAUGUGAUGGUAACAGAUCAAUGCAGGUCUACUCCAGUCACAUAUUUGUGUUGUUUUUUUGGGGGGGGGGGCUUAUGAGCAAAAGAUGUGUAUGUGUAGUGCUGAGCCUGCACUUGCCUCCUCACAGAUUCUUUUCUCCCAGCUAGGCUUUCAUGGUGUAUCAGAGCGUAGCUGAGACGAAAGGCAAGUGAGGAUUUAGACUCCUUCCUAGAAUACCCUUUUGUUCUGAAAGCAACCCCCCUCUGUGGGUGUGGGUGUGUUAAAAUUUAUCUGUGAUUGGUGGAGAAAUGUAGCUGCUAAUACUCACAUACAGUUUGGCUGUGGAUUUUUCUAAAGUCUUGGUGUUAUGAACCAUAUAUGAUCUCUUAAGAUGUCACAUGUAAUCUUAGAUCAUAUCCAUUUAGAUUUUAAAAAGUGGCCCAUUAACAAUAGCCUGUUUAAACUGCAUUCUGUUCAAAGUCAACCUAAUGCAUCUGUAAUCACCCAGAGGUUUCUAGAGAAGUUGAGAGAGAUUUAAUUUGAAUAGGCUAGAACUAUGCAAGCACAUUGCAUUGGUGCUAAUAAGUAGGAGUAGGAUCUUUUUAUUCUAAUUAAACAAAAUUAUAUGUACAUUCAUAACAUUGCAUUGUGUGCAACCAGACUAGCUGAUUAAGGCUGCAAUCCUAACACCAUUUACCUGGGAGUAAGCCCCACUGAAUUCAAUAAGACUGACCUCUGAGAAGACAUGGUAAGGAUUUUGCUGUAAAACAUCUCUUCCAAUAAUAGUAUCAGGUGGCCAAAUAUGUUUUGAGGAGAGAGAAAAGGAAACAAGAUGAAGUUAUAGGCAUCCUUCAGGGACUCUUUGUUUCAACCUUGUAAUGCAUGAUUAACAAAUUCUUUGAAAUUGGAUGUUGCUGCAUAAACCAGUAUAUUUAUUUUGUGCAUCUUGGGACACUGUCCUAAUGUGUUGCGGGAGGUAAAGGAUGUCUAGCACUUUAAUGUAGUAUUUUUGAUAAAUUGGAAAUCAUUCGGGUGUGGGUGUAGUGUUUAUAACAAAUGAAUGACCUUUCUUUUAUAAUAUAUUUAAAAUAAAAUUUUAUUGUGUCUUUUUCUGAA